UCCAGGACACGGACGAGCCGUCGCCCAGCCUUCGUGCGCAGCCUCCAUCCAUCGGCUCCCCUCUCCCCCUCCCGACAUGGGAAUGGAGCUGAUCACGAAUGUGUCCGAGUACGAGAAGCUCGCGAGGGAGAAGCUGCCGAAGAUGGUGUACGAUUACUACGCCUCGGGCGCGGAGGAUCAGUGGACGCUCAGGGAGAACAGGGAGGCCUUCUCAAGAAUCCUAUUCCGACCACGCGUGCUGAUCGACGUGUCCCACAUCGACAUUGCCACAAAAAUCUUGGGCUUCGACAUUUCCAUGCCCAUCAUGAUUGCGCCGUCGGCAAUGCAUAAAAUGGCUCACCCCGAAGGAGAGCUUGCAACUGCAAGAGCAGCAGCAUCUGCAGGAACCAUAAUGACAUUAUCUACAUUGGCUACGUCUAGUGUUGAAGAGGUCAACUCAGUAGGACCUGGGAUACGUUUCUUCCAACUUUAUGUAUUCAAGGACAGGAAUCUAGUGCGGCAGCUCGUGAAAAGGGCUGAAAUGGCUGGGUUUAAGGCGAUUGCGCUCACUGUUGACACCCCAAUUCUCGGUCGGAGGGAAGCUGAUAUCAAGAACAGGUUCAUCUUGCCUCCGCAUCUCACGCUGAAGAAUUUUGAGGCGCUGGAUCUCGGCACGAUGGAUAAGACAGAUGAUUCUGGACUGGCUUCCUAUGUCGCUGGCCAAUUCGACAGAUCUCUUUGUUGGGAGGACGUCAAGUGGCUGCAGACAAUUACCCCAUUGCCGAUCCUGGUGAAAGGUGUCAUGACUGCAGAAGACACUAGGCUUGCCAUCGAAAACGGCGCUGCUGGGAUCAUCGUGUCCAACCAUGGCGCUCGGCAGCUCGACUACGUCCCUGCAACCAUCAGCUGCCUGGAAGAGGUGGUCAAGGAGGCGAAGGGGCGGCUUCCCGUGUUCCUGGACGGCGGCGUCCGUCGUGGCACGGACGUGUUCAAGGCGCUGGCGCUGGGAGCCGCAGGAGUAUUUAUCGGCAGGCCGGUGCUGUACUCGCUGGCGGUGGACGGCGAGGCCGGCGUGCGGAAGAUGCUGCAGAUGCUGCGGGACGAGCUGGAGCUGGCCAUGGCGCUCGGCGGGUGCGCCUCGCUGCGGGACAUCACGCGUGCUCACGUCCUCACCGACGGCGACAGGAUCCGCCGCGCGAGGCUGUAGGCGGACGCGAGCGCUAGUCAAUUUGAGAUACCGCUACUUCUUGGGCUUCCAUUUGAUGUUCUUCGGCCACCACACUGCUUCAACCAAAAAUCAUGUGCUCUUGGACGCCGCCCGAUGUCAUCUAUAGAUGCAAUUGAGUCAAUAUUAAAGUAGGUUUAUCUUUCUGAAUUUAAUAAAAUUGACCAUUUUUGCGAUGA